AUGGCCUCUCCCGUACUGGCCGCACCCAUUGGCCCCAAUGGCCCUUGCCCCGACUACAAGGUCGAUGCCAUCCUGAACGGCCAACUCGAUCCUUCGGCUUGCUGCUCCUACGGCAAGUGCAAAGGCGACGUCGUCAUCUCUGUUGGCGAGUGA